AUUUGUCAAAGAGAGUGAUCAGAACCGAGUAGUUCGCUCUCAUUGGUCUGUUUUUCUCACCAUACAUUUUCCAUUUCUUAUGCCCCACAUUUCUUAGAGUCACUUGCCAAAGAAUUUGUUGAAUAUUGUGUGGACUAAUAAUUGAAGCUCUCCAAAGUGGUUCUUCAAAAAGUAGUUUGUGAUGGUUGAACGGAUAAGUUAUUCUUUCCGAUGGGAAAUUAAAAAUUUUUCUUCUUGCUGUUAUGAAAGCAGGGACGGAGAGCAUCUCAAGAGUCCAGUUUUUACUCCUAUAAAUUUUGGCGGAAGCAAAUGGUACUUAAGCAUUACACCUCCAUUUAAAACAAUAGAUAAUGAUAUUGUUUUAUGUUAUUUGCACAGAAAUGACAUCGAUGCGGGUGAUGAGGAAGUAUCAAUUUCUUUCAUAUUUCAAUUGAUUGGUGAAAGUGGCAAUAUAAUAGAAACUUAUGAUAGUAGUCGUUUCGCAAAAAUAUGUACAGGAAAGAGCUUGACAGUAUUUAAAAGAAAGAGCUUUCUAUGGUGGCGUUUUCAUUGUGGGAAGAUAGCUAAAGACAGUUUGACCUGGAACAAGGACAUCUUAACCAUCCAGUGCCAGAUGUACACCAUGCAGGAACGACCAAACUGUGUAGCCCGAACUAAAAUAGAAGUGGAUAGGGCCAGUUUUAUUUGGCAAAUAACCUUACCCGAAAGCAAGUCUUUUUUAAUGGAUCGAAUAUUUUCUUUGUCAGAAACAUCAAUGUACGAAAUAUCUGCGGCUGAUGCUCCAAAUGACUUUAUAGGAUUAAGAGUACGUAAAUUAAAAGAUGACUCAUCCUCACCUAAACUUUUAAACGGCAAAAUAUCAUUUCUAAACCAUGAAGGAGAAAAGAUUUUAUGGCUAAAUGUCCAAUAUUUGUUCCCUUCUACUGACAAAAAUGACGUAUGGGUGCUUCCUUCUUUUAUCGCCAAAAAAACGAUAAUAAAUGAUAAAAAUAACCACAUGAACGGUGUUACUUUUACUUUGUUUUGCGAGUUUUCCGAACCCAAUGGUAGGGUAUUAUCUGAUAUCGUCAGCACAAACGAUCCUAAUUCAAUGAAGUUGAGUAAUGUUCUAACUAUGAGAGACGAUCUUAGAAAAAUGUUUGCAGACCUGGAACAUUCUGAUGUGGAGCUAAGAGCUGAUAACAUGAGUUUACCUGCGCAUAAAUUUCUUCUCUCAGCUCGAUCACCAGUGUUUCGCGCCAUGUUCCACCACCAGGACAUGCUCGAAAAUCAAUCUAAUGUCGUGGAAAUCUCAGACGUUGAUCCCAAGACAUUGAAAUCUUUCUUGGAAUUCUUGUAUACAGGAUCAGUGGAUAUUAUUGAUGACGAAAGUACUUUAGAAUUGCUGAUAAUUGCCGAUAAGUAUCAAGUUCUUUCUUUAAUAGAUACAUGUUAUAAGUUUGCUCUAUCAGCUCUGUCUUUGGAAAAUGCAUGCAAAAUCCUGUAUUUAUCUGAUCUAUUGAAUCUCAAGCUUCUCAAAGACAAUGCAGUUGAUUUCGUAGUAAAACAUUUCAAUGAAAUCUUUAAAUCCUGUGAAUGGUCUGAAUAUAUUGAGAAGAAUCCAUCCCUUUUAUUAGAAAUGUUUUCACAUCCAAUGAAGGAUUUAAAAAUUGUUUCAAAGAAAAUAUAAAGUAAAUUGAACUUUGUGUAUUUAUCGAAAUAAUAAUGAAUAUAUCCUUGUAUCAGUUGCAUAAAUUGUUAAUUCCAUUUA